GCAAGGCCUACGAGAGGGGCAGUGUGGGACGGAGCCAAUGCGUACGGCGUGACGCCAUCCCGCUGCGACCGGCGCUCCCCAAGGCAGGUGGCUGCACAGUCUUGGCGGAGGUGAGUCCCGUGGUGGAGGUGACCAAAGCCACGUAAUGUCCGUAGUUCGUUCAUCCGUCCAUGCUAAAUGGAUUGUGGGGAAGGUGAUUGGGACAAAAAUGCAAAAGACUGCUAAAGUGAGAGUGACCAGGCUUGUUCUGGAUCCCUAUUUAUUAAAGUAUUUUAAUAAGCGGAAAACCUACUUUGCUCAUGAUGCCCUUCAGCAGUGCACAGUUGGGGAUAUUGUGCUUCUCAGAGCUUUACCUGUUCCACGAGCAAAGCAUGUGAAACAUGAACUGGCCGAGAUCGUUUUCAAAGUUGGAAAAGUCAUAGAUCCAGUGACAGGAAAGCCCUGUGCAGGAACUACCUACCUGGAGAGUCCACUGAGUUCGGAAACCACCCAGCUAAGCAAAAAUUUGGAAGAACUCAAUAUCUCUUCAGCACAGUGAAGCGGGAGUGGAAGAAAGAUCUAAAGGGAAAAACUGACAUGUUUAUGUUAUGGAAAAAGAAAUUUUUCUAAGUUUCAUUGCAAA